GUUAUCCUGCUAUGCCCUCGAUCUCUGAUAUUGCCGCCACCAGCCCACCCGAACCGCGGCGGCUUCGGACGCUGCUUGUUGACAACUACGACUCGUACACGUUCAAUCUACUGCAACUUCUGGUACAGAGCCAUGGCGCACACAAAGACGCACAGUCGAACAUUAUUGUGAUCCGCAAUAACCAGUACUCGUGGGAAGAAGUGCGUGAUAAGAUUCUGCCCCACAUUGAUAACGUAAUCAUAUCGCCGGGCCCCGGCAACCCGUCGCGCAAAGAGGACUUUGGCAUAUGCGAGGAGCUGAUCCGCAGUUCCCUCAAGCCCCUACUGGGCCGAUUUUCGGUGCGUCUAUUGUUCGUUGUCUGGUACCAGUCCACGGGCAGACGAGCAAGGUCCAGGUUGAGCCACAGGCACGGUCUGAUGAGCCCGGGUUGUUUGACGGCGUCCCCGAUCUGUUCGAGGUCAAGGGAGGGCUUUCCGGAGGAAUUGCAGGUUUUGGCGCGGGCUACAGGCACGGUUUGUGCGGAUAGUGCAGAGGGCGCGAGGACAGUCGAAACAUCGGAUAUCAUGGCGCUCAGGCACCGAAGCCUGCCCCUGUAUGGCGUGCAGUUCCACCCAGAGUCGAUCUGUUCCGAGUACGGCGCGCGCAUCCUUGACAACUUUUACCGCAUAACCGAGUGGUUCGCUGGCAAGCAGGAGCCAGGGCCGAUUCCCGCCCAUGUGCAGGCUAUGUCGCUGCUAUCGCUGGACGAUAAGGUGUGGAACAGCAACUCGGUGCAUUCACCAAGGCAGCCUCGGUUUUCGCUUUUUGCCGAUGUGGUCGAUCUCGGAUCAGUUCAGAAGCCCACGGAUAUCGGCAGCAGGCUGUUUCAGCACCUGUAUGGUAAUGAUGACAUGCCCCUGUGGCUUGACAGCGCCAAGGCAGGCGAUGCCAACAGCAACAUAUCGGUGAUGGCCUCGGGCAGGUCCACACACAGUGCGACCGUCCGGUACACAGUCCAUGAUCGCAAAAUCAGCGCUGUCCAGUUUCCCGAGUUUGGCCAGGAGCAUCGUGAACUGGACAAGCACCACUUGCCAGCAGCCGACGGGGUUAGUUUCUGGACGUGGAUGCAGUCGAUUGCUAAUGACACGCAGAUUUCGGGACGGCCUGCUGACGUGCAGUGGUGUGCGCAGGACCGCCGUUUGGACGACGAGCUAAGAGGACUAGGGUUCCGGUGCGGGUGGGUCGGGUAUUUCGGGUACGAGAUGAAGUCAGAGACAGUCGCAGAGGAUCCCUUACACAAGGACCCUGUGUUUGUCAACGAAGAAGACGGCAGAUUGCCUGAUGCGCAGCUCUCGUUUGUUGAUCGGUGCGUGGUGCUGGAUCACCGGUGCGACCCCCCUCGUGCAUUCAUUCUUGCCUUGGCUAACAGCAUACCGCACACUCCCAAUGGUACGAGCACAGGGGAUGCGUGCACCGCCCCGUGGGUAUAUCAGCUGGCGGGAACAGGUGACGAUGCAAUGCAGUGGAUUGCUAAGCAAGUGCAGUCGAUUUCAUCGUGGGCAGCAUCAUGCAAAGAGCCUGCAGCUGUAGCAGCUGCCACUCCCCAGUAUAGUAACGCGCUGAGCAGCCUGGAGCCGACUAUGCCACGGGACACGUAUAUUUCUGAGAUCCGCCAGGCCAAGGACUGGAUUGCGCAGGGCGAGUCCUACGAGAUCUGUCUGACUAACCAGUUCCAUAUUGCGCUUGACCAGCACCUUGCGCCGGUUAGAUCAGCGCAGGACAUGCAGCAGCUGUACCAGUUCAUGCGGGCACGCAAUCCGGCGCCCUAUGGAGCGCUCAUGUACUUUCCCGAUAUCAAAAUGGGCCUGGCGUCGUGCAGUCCGGAGCGGUUCCUGCGCAUCGAGCAAGCAUCUGAUUCGGGCGAGCGGUGGGGCACGGCCCGGCGCGACCCGAAGCCCACUUGCCGUGCAGUGGCAAAAAGCCUGCAGGAGAACGUCAAGGAGCGGGCAGAGAACCUGAUGAUUGUCGAUCUGAUCCGGCAUGAUCUGAACUGGAUCGCAGAGCGCGGCUGCGUGCAGACGUAUGCGUCGGUGCACCAGAUGGUGACAACGGUGAGAGCGCAGAUCAGGCGCAAUGUGGGCGAUGUGGCGGCACUGGCCCACUGCUUCCCGCCGGGCUCGAUGACCGGCGCGCCAAAGCGCCGCACACUGCAGAUUCUGCACGGGCUCGAGAGAGAUCAACAGAAGAGGGCGACGCCGCGCGGUGUAUACUCGGGAUGUCUGGGCGUGGUCAUUAGAACAGCGGUGGUAGAUCGGAGAGGCAGCAGGCUAAGUGCAGGUGCAGGCGGCGCGCUGACGAUCCUGUCUGAUCCUGAGGAGGAGUGGACGGAGUACAUUGGAGCCAGGCAGAUUUAAGAAAUACAUUGGUGAAU